CCGGGUGUCACAGAGAGAGAUGUAAACCAACGGGAGUUUGUCGCCCUGGCGGCAUUCCUGAAGAAGUCAGGAAAGCUGAAGGUGCCAGACUGGGUGGACCUGGUCAAGCUCGGUAAACACAAAGAACUGGCCCCCAGUGAUGAGAAUUGGUUUUACAUUAGAGCAGCAUCCACCGUUCGCCAUCUGUACCUUCGUGGCGGUGCUGGUGUUGGCUCCAUGAUCAAGAUCUAUGGAGGUCGCCAGAGGAACGGUGUAUGCCCUUCUCACUUCAGUGUAGGAUCUAAGAACGUAGCUCGUAAGGUGCUGCAGGCACUCGAGCUGCUGAAAAUGGUUGAGAAGGAUCCCAAUGGCGGUCGCAGACUGACCUCCCAGGGAACCAGAGACCUGGAUAGAAUUGCUGGGCAGGUUGCAGCUGCAAACAAGAAAACCGUGUAAUAAAUUUUUUGACUAAAUCAGAUACUGGCUUUUUUGUCUUUUUCUCCCAGCUCUAACAAUGUGUUAGUCUGAAGACUGGCUGUCUCCUUAGUAGUCUUUAGCAGAUCACAUUAAUAUACGUAUAUUGUCCAAGACUGGUUUGUUGAUGAGAAAAUAAAGUACAGUAAAAAUA